AUGAGUAUUUGGUGCUUGGGUCCCGAGAGCGGCGAAUUGCAGCUCCAGCCUUGGGCAGAAACGGCGGAACCCAUGAAGGUGACAAUGCGGCCUGGGCGUUUAGUGAUUGUUCGUGCUGAUGCCCUUUAUCAUCGUUUCUCAUCCUUGGGCUGUGCCUAUUGCUUGACGUGUUUCUACUGCAACCUCAAUGGCCAGGACCCGGUAAGUCCUUCGGGUUUUGCCUUGAAGCAAUGGGCUGCAGAGCGGAUGGAGAGAUUCAAGCAGAGCAGUCUCCAGGAGAAAAGGUACAUGGAAAUGCCUCGUGACUGGGAAGAGAAGAUCAACAGAGAGAAGAUCAAUACCCAGCGCGUGGCACUCCGGACGGCUUGCGUCAAGGAGCCUGGCACGGAAGACCCUUUGUCCUGGGCUUUGUCUUUUAACUCCGGCCCAGACUACGCUGUGCAGGUGCCCAUGAUGAGAUGGCAACACGACAACUACUUCGAGGAUUCACCGGAGGCUUACAAGAAUGGCAAGACCGAUUGCAUGCACGGCCUGUAUCUCAGCGGGUCUGAAGGGGCAACCCUACAUGGUUCGACAGCGUGUUCAGAUGACGCAGAACUCACAAGCCGGUUGGUCCAAAGCAACUGA